UGCAGGUGCCAUCCCGUCGCUCUGCCUCGCGUCACGGAUCGCCCUCAGUCAGAAAUCUUGACUUGCAACUUCGGAGGGUGGGUCCCUGCAGGAAUCCCAGUGCGCGAUGAGGAGCGCUGCCCUGUGGUAGCAGGCGCCGGGCUGGAGCGCGGGCAGGCGGCCGGGCGGCUGAGGCUGGGGCGCCUUCUGUGGACUGAACCCCCAGACAGGGAUGCUGUGACACUUUGAUAUAUACACACACACACAGACGUAUAUUUAUACUGUACCUGAGUUCGUUGGACGUGAGCUAUCAUAUACACUCAAGAAUGUUUCAGACGUUUAAAGACUGGUUUUGGUUGGAAAGAUUCUGGCUCCCUCCAGCAAUAAAGUGGUCAGACCUCGAAGAUCACGAUGGACUCGUCUUUGUAAAACCCUCUCAUCUGUACAUGACCAUCCCAUAUGCCUUCGGCUUGCUGAUUAUCCGGCAUUUCUUUGAAAAAUUUAUCGCCACACCUCUAGCAAAGACUUUCGGUAUUAAAGAGGAAGUUCGGAAGAUUAUACCAAACACUGUCUUAGAGACUUUUUACAAACGCUCUACGAGCAAACCAUCUGAAGAUGAUGUUUAUGGCCUGGCAAAGAAGUGCAACCUGACGGAGCGCCAGGUUGAAAGAUGGUUUCGGAGUCGGCGGAAUCAGGACAGGCCUUGCAGGAUGAAGAAAUUCCAGGAGGCUUGCUGGCGAUUUGCAUUUUACUUAGUGAUUACUGUGGCUGGGAUCGCGUUUCUUUAUGAUAAACCUUGGGUAUAUGACCUCGGGGAGGUGUGGAAUGGCUAUCCCAGACAGCCCUUGCUGCCAUCCCAGUACUGGUACUACAUCCUGGAGAUGAGCUUUUAUUGUUCGCUCUUACUCAGCCUGGGCUCUGAUGUGAAGAGGAAGGAUUUUUUUGCUCAUGUCAUCCACCACCUGGCUGCCCUCAGCCUGAUGAGCUUCUCCUGGUGCGCUAACUACAUCCGCAGCGGGACCCUGGUGAUGAUUGUGCACGACGUGGCCGACAUUUGGCUGGAGUCUGCAAAGAUGUUUUCUUACGCUGGAUGGAAGCAAACUUGCAAUACCCUGUUCUUCAUCUUUUCCGCCAUAUUUUUCAUCAGCCGCCUCAUCAUUUUCCCCUUCUGGAUUCUGUAUUGCACGCUGGUGAUCCCCAUGCUCUACCUCGAGCCCUUCUUUUCCUACAUCUUCCUCAACCUGCAGCUCAUGGUCCUGCAAAUCCUUCACCUGUACUGGGGUUACUUCAUCCUGAAGAUGCUCAAGAGAUGUAUAUUCACAAAGAAAAUCCAGGAUGUGAGGAGUGAUGACGAGGAGUACGAAGAAGAGGAAGAGGAAGAGGAAGAGAAGAAGGAAGAGGCCACCAAAGACAAAGAGAGAGACUGUGUGAAGAACGGACUCGGGCCCGACCGGAGCCUCCUUCCCAAUGGUCAGCAUGGCCGUUAGCGGGAAGCCCACGUGGGUCUCGGGCCAGUGUGAGCAGGGCCACAGAAGCCAGGCUGCCCUCCAUCACUGCAACCCAGGCCCCACAGGGACCCCAGACCCGCCCUCCCUCGCCCCAGUGCCCCUCCAGAUGUAUUUAACAAAAACGUUGUUGGAAUGUGUUAAAAUGUUAAAUAUAAGCGUUCCCAUGGA